AACCAGCUGCCACAGCAGGCAGCUCAACUUCAGCUGCCCUGGCACUUCAGGCACUCCAGAUUUUAAACAAGCCCCAGCUCAGCUCCAGACAUGCACAGCAUCCCCAGCAGCACCAUGAGCCCAGGAGUUUUCCUCCUCCUGGGCCUCCUCAUCCUCAGGGCAGAGCCGAGUGUAACACCAGACAAGGGUGGGGACUCCCAGAAACCGGGGCAGUGUCCACGGGACUUCAUGCGCUGCUUGCGCCUGGAGUCCCCGCUCUGUGCCAAUGACUCCAGCUGCCCCGCUGCGCUCAAGUGCUGCCACUGGGAGUGCCGGCUCCGCUGCAUCCCCCCGGCAGAAGAGAAGCCCGGUGCCUGCCCGGCAGCAGCCCCCGAGGGGCUCAUUGCCCCCUGCUCCUUCCCCUGCCUGGAGGACAAGGACUGCCUGGGAGCGCAGAAGUGCUGCCCGCUGGGCUGCGGCUCUGCCUGCCUGGAGCCGGCGCAGGACCAGCCCAAGCCCAGCGAGGGCCCCACGGUGCAGCCAGCAUCACUCCGGGAGCGGUGCCGAGGCGACAGCGACUGCCCCGACGCGCAGAAAUGCUGCAACAGCAGCUGCGGCCACCACUGCCUGCCGGGAGUGCCGGCCGAGGACACCAGCCCUGCUCCAGUCACUCAAAGGCCACUGCAGCACCUGUGGGGAUGCCUCAAGGACGAGGACUGUCCCCCGGCCCACGUGUGCUGUCACCAGCUGUGCACCAGGCACUGUGUGGCCGCAAGCCAAGGGAAGGAUGGAUUCUGCCCAGUCCGUGCCGGGCUGUUCCCCAGUUAUGACUGCAGAGCCUGGUGCUGGCACGAUGGCGAGUGUCCCCGCGAGGAGAAGUGCUGCCUCCGAGGCUGUGACUAUGUCUGCCUGCCCCCGUCCCGAGAGAAGCCAGGCAUCUGCCCUCUGGCUGAGGAGUCUCCUCUGGCCCCGUGUGGCACCACCUGCACCAAGGACUGGCAGUGUCCGGGGGCUGAGAAAUGCUGCAGCAGCAGCAGAUGUGGCUAUGUGUGCUCAGCCCCCGAACCAGGUGAGGAGACGAUCGCUGAAACAAAAAACCCGGUGUGUGCCCAAAAGUGA